ACUAAUCAGGGAGCACCCAGGGCAGGGUUAAGGUGAGGCAUCGAGUCUGAGCUGUUGCUCGUCUCUCCCCGACUAAACGAAAGACAAGUGAAGGGGAACAGUCGGGGAAGAAUUACCCCAAUUUAAAACAAAACACACAACAGUGAAGGCUACAGAAGUUACUGUUGUUUGCCAAACCUCCACGAUUGAACCAUCUCAGAACAGCCAUUAUCAAAGAUGGCUGACCAAGAUGUGGGAGCGCAGAUUGAAGCACAGUUUAAUGAUGUUGUAAGGAGACUACAAAGCAAGCAACUUUUUCAGUCUACCUGGGAUAUUGCCACUUUUGCCAUUUUCUUCAUUUUUAUUGGUGCUGUGUUGUUUCUCAUUCUCUUGGUCGUGGUUCGUUUUUUCUGGGGCUGCUGCUGCUGCUGUCCUUCCUCCAAAAAGCCUUCAAAGCGUAAAGUGGGUGUCGACAACCUGGCACUAGAACCGUAGAACUUAAAUUGGAUCUUUGACCAUCAGCCGGAUCAUUUAACGACCACCUUCACUGUCACAGAAUCCAGUGCAAUCCUUUUGGCCGAUGUCUUUUCCGAAUUAAUCCAGCAAAGAAAUCUAUCCUUUUUUAGCAAUCUUGCUUCAGUUUGGUACCAACGUUACCUUGGACCCACACUCUGUGUACCGUUAGGCAGAUGACUAGCAGCAAUGUUUUCUACAGCCCCUUAAUAACCACUCUGGGUAAAGCAAAGAGAUCUUGAAAAUGAAUGCGUCCCUUAUUUUUGGAAGGGAAUACACCAUUUUAAGCUGCAACUGAGAUUAGAUUGGAAGAGGGUAGGUACAGGUUUGUGCAGCAUGUUGGGAUUCAAACACACAGCUUUCCUUCAGAAUAUUAUUUGUAAUCUCUUCCAAAUUCUUAUUUUGCUAAAAUCCUAAUUGAAAUGAAUUGAUUGCAUGUAUAAAAUCUAUUGAUUGGGUCCCAUCAGCGUGCACUUUGUUUUAAUUGUUAACUUCCAUUCAACAUUCAAUAUCAAGUUAAUUCUGUCUGGAUAAAUUGUUAUUGCCAACACAAUAUUUUAAUGAUGUACUAUUUUAAAUGCUUUUUUCCAGAAUAAAUUAUUUUAAUGGUGUAAAAAUG